CCUCGACAUCAGCCUUCGAAGCAUCACGCAACCAUUGAUAACUGCAACGAAACUCCAACCCAUCAGAGUCAGAUCCGAACUCCUAAUCCAUCUUCAUCACACGAGACAAGAAUAACAACACCCAUCUAAUAAACCACCAAGACGAUAGCCGCGUUCAUAUCUGUCAUCAUGCCACCUUUGACAGCCUCCCCAUCAAUCGAGGGAUCGGCCUCCACCCCUACAGACAGCCAAAUCGAUAGCGCCACGAUCAUCUUUUGGGUCUCCGGGGCAAUCUGGAUACUUGUAGCUGGAAGCUAUAUGACGUUUUUAAUGGCGAUCAUGGAUGAAAGGGUGGACAGUACCGAGGAGACGGGGGUGGUGGUGGCGCCGCGCACGAGGUUCACCGCCCGCAUUCUCUGGGCCGUGCUCAAAGGGCUACUUUGGCCUCUUGUUCUGCUGUGGAUACUGGUGGAAUCGGCUGUGAUGGAUUGUUGCAUCCCCGUGUGCAAGUGGUGCGCCGGCGGGUGUAUGUAUGACGGGAGUAAGUGUCGGGAGGCGUGCGAACUAUUUUCUCGGGAGCCGGGGAAUCAUCGCGGCGUCGCCGACGUGGAAAGCCAGAUGGCCUGGCCGGCAGGCGUUGUGAGGAAUCCGCCUUCAAGUGUAGGGCCUAUGGAAAUGCCGCCUACGUAUAAAGCCGCUACUAUGCCGAUGGAGCUGUCCAAGCUGCGCAAAGGCAACUGAAUCGACAGGAAAAUGAGGUGAAAGGUUGUGGGUGGAGGAGGGCAGAGAACAAACGGAUAUUGAUGGUAUUAUGUCAGGUCUAUGGACACACAAAGAUGGUUGAUCUUAUACGUCAAUUGAGGCAUGUGAAGGCUAUGUUUGGAAAGGAGAUGGUCCUGGAGGCAGCGGAUGAGCGUUUCGUUUUGUUGGUAAAUCGCCGUUUGUAACACACACUUCACAGCUCCAAAGACAAAAUAUCGGUCCAAGAAAAUACUGAAACCU